UAGAGGCAGUUAGGCAUAUCAGGAGGAGACGAAUGAGAUUGAAAUCCUGCUAAAAAUGGCGGAAAUCUUUGAUACUCACCCAAAGAAUGGAAUUUUUCGGGUGUCAAUGUGUGGUGGCGCUCAAGAACUGGAACAGAUGUCUAGAGACGGCAGUCAAUAUAGUCUCACCACCACAAUCUUACCUUCUCUUGGAGCUCGCAGUAAUCGCCGUGUUAAGCUUCGCAAUUUCAUCAUAUCGCCUUAUGAUCGCCGUUACAGGGCAUGGGAGACAUUUCUAGUAGUUUUAGUCCUCUAUACUGCUUGGGUGUCCCCAUUUGAAUUCGGAUUUCUUGAGAGGCCGCAGAAACCACUCUCAGUCAUUGAUAAUGUUGUCAAUGGGUUUUUCUUUGUUGAUAUUUUCCUUACCUUCUUCUUAGCUUACCUUGAUAAAAGCACCUACCUUCUUGUGGACAAUCGAAAGAAGAUUGCUUGGAGAUAUGUAAGCACCUGGUUGGCAUUUGAUGUCAUUUCCACAAUCCCUUCUGAACUAGUUCGGAAGAUCUCCAGUGGUCCUAUUCGAACCUAUGGCUUAUUCAACAUGUUAAGACUCUGGCGGCUGCGCAGAGUUAGUGCCUUGUUUGCCAGAUUGGAGAAAGAUAGGAACUUCAACUACUUCUGGGUUCGAUGUGCCAAGCUUAUUGCUGUUACUCUUUUUGCCGUGCACUGUGCUGGGUGCUUCUACUAUUACCUUGCUGCUCAUUAUCCUAAUCCUGGAAAGACUUGGAUAGGGUAUGGUAAUGAGAACUUCGAAAAGGAAAGAGUGUGGAUUCGCUACGUGACAUCCAUGUACUGGUCAAUUACAACUCUCACUACUGUUGGAUAUGGUGAUUUGCAUGCCCAGAAUAGAAGGGAGAUGAUAUUUGUCAUAUGCUACAUGCUUUUCAAUCUUGGAAUGACAUCAUAUUUGAUAGGAAAUAUGACCAAUUUGGUGGUCCAUGGAACCAGUAAAACCAGGCAAUUUAGAGACACCAUUCAAGCUGCCUCAAGUUUUGCCCAGAGAAAUCAGCUCCCUGUUCGCUUGCAAGAUCAGAUGCUUGCACACUUGUGCUUGAAGUUCAGGACUGAUUCAGAGGGCCUUCAGCAACAAGAGAGCCUUGAUUCCCUUCCAAAAGCCAUUCGAUCCAGCAUAUCUCAUUUUCUUUUCUACUCGCUUCUGGAUAAGGCCUACUUAUUUCGUGGUGUGUCCAACGACUUGCUUUUUCAGCUGGUUUCGGAAAUGAAAGCAGAAUAUUUUCCUCCAAAAGAAGAUGUCAUUUUGCAGAAUGAAGCACCGACAGAUUUCUAUGUGCUUGUUACAGGAGCAGUGGAGCUGGUGGUUACGAAAAAUGGAGUUGAACAGGUUGUUGGAGAAGCUAAAACCGGUGAGCUUUGUGGUGAGAUUGGGGUUCUUUGUUACAGACCUCAGCUCUUUACGGUGCGCACCAAGCGACUAAGCCAGUUACUACGGUUGAACCGUACUACAUUCUUGAGCAUCAUUCAGGCCAAUGUUGGUGAUGGGACCGUUAUCAUGAACAAUCUCCUCAAGCAUUUGAAAGACAUAGAUGAUCCAGCUAUGGAGGGAGUUCUGAUGGAGACAGAGAACAUGCUGGCUCGUGGUAGGAUGGACUUGCCCCUCAGCCUAUGCUUUGCUACACUUAGGGGAGACGAUCUUUUACUGCAAAAAUUGUUAAAGCGAGGUCUCGAUCCUAAUGAAUCUGACAACAAUGGAAGAACAGCCCUGCACAUUGCAGCAUCAAAAGGAAAUGCAAACUGUGUACACCUGCUGCUAGAUUAUGGAGCUGAUCCCAAUAGUAGAGAUUCAGAAGGUAAUGUUCCAAUGUGGGAGGCCAUACUGGGUAAUCAUGAACCAGUUACCGGAAUCUUGAAAGAUAACGGUGCUACUGUGUCCUCUGGCGAUAUCGGCCAGUUCGCUUGCAUUGCCGCUGAGCAGAACAAGUUGGACGUUCUCAAACAAAUCAUUAGCUUCGGAGGGGAUGUCACGCUUCAGAAAAACAAUGGUUCAACGGCUCUUCACGUGGCCGUUUGUGAAGGUAACAUUGAGAUGGUGCAGUUCUUGUUAAGCCAAGGAGCCGAUAUCGACAAACCAGAUGAUCACGGUUGGACUCCUAGAGACCUGGCUGACCAACAAGGCCAUCACGAGAUAAGAAACCUUUUCUUGUCCGUUAAACAAACCGACGACUACUCCCAGUUGAUGAAAACGUCAUCGCUCAUGCCGUUUCAGCGAGCCGAGUCCCGACACGUUCAGUUUCUCGGGAGGUUUAAAAGCGAGCCGAUGAUGAUCAGACCCGGUUCCCAAUUGGCGGACGAGGGUCCGUUGAGUCAACCUCGCCAAAGACGGAGAGGUAACAACUUUCAUAAUUCACUUUUCGGGAUAAUGUCGAAUGCCCGUGACGGUGACAAAAAUAUCGACUUGGUCUCGCCAAGACCGCCCCAAACGGGGAAAGAAAACAGUCGUCGUCGAGUGAUAGUUAGUUGUCCCAAGAAAGGAGACGUUGUGGGGAGGCUUGUGCUUUUACCACAAAGCUUCCAGGAACUAUUCGAGAUUGGUGUUAAAAAGUUUGGUUUCUUGCCAUCAAGAGUGUUGAACAACGAGGGAGCAGAAAUAGAUGAGAUAGAGCUAAUUCGAGACGGUGAUCGCUUGAUUUUUGACUGCGACAUUAGUUGAACUGGUCAAUAGUUUGGUCAGGCGGAUGGUGAGAAGUUAAGAUAACACCACCACUGCCUGCCUUUGUACUCUAUGUACUUUAUUCUAUAAUCCUAUUUCAUACUUACAAAUGCCCACAUUGUUAUGUAUACCAAAUACACCCUUAUACAUCUGUUAACAUAUUGUUCUGUGUACCAAAUACACCUUUAUACAUCUGUUAACGAGAAAAGCAUAACAGACUAAAGAUAAACUAUAUGACAUCCAUAUGUACAAUAUUUUGAUGUUUGUAGUUUAUGAAAUGAUUGGAAUUUUUGUGUUUGAAAA